GUAUCCACCAGAAAAUCUGCUUAAAAGGCGGGGCCACAGCCUAGUGCGUUGCGACGAUUUUCCAGGGAAUUAUGUUAGGAUACUAACGGUUUUUCCAACAAACAAGAUGGUGUUGCAACCUUUGGAGUUUAGCGACUGUUAUUUGGACAGUCCGGAGUUUCGUGAAAAUCUCAGAUCUCACGAGAAUGAAUUGGAAAGUACGAAUAAAGCGAUCAAGGAUUUGAUACGAGAGUGCAAGGCACUGAUCAGCGCAGCGAGGAAUUUAUCCAAGGCCCAGAGAAGUUUCUCAGAGACGCUAGUGAAUUUUAACUUUGAAAGUAUAGGCCAGUCACAAACAGAUGACGAGAUUGAUAUUUCUCAGUCUUUGAAAGAAUUUGGUCGUCUUAUUGGAUCAGUGGAAGAUGUAAGGGAUAAUGUGGUAAGUCCAGUUGUAUUCAGUAUUUUCUCUUCAUUCAAGACCUUGACUGAUGGAUUGCUAUCGAACUAA